AUGACUACGUUUGUUAAGUCAAAGCUAAAGAGUGCGAGAGAUUACAUUGGAAAGAAAAACUUCGAAAAGGCGCGUGAAGCAGCGGAAGAGGUCAUCUCUUACGAGCCAGAUAACUACAACGCAAAUGUGUUCCUAGGCCUUGCGUUCCUCGAGCUUGGGCAGCUCGACCAGAGUGAGCAAGCAUACAUACGCGCGACGCAAUCGCAGCCAGAUCAGGCACUUGCGUGGCAAGGCCUUGUCAAAUUUUAUGAACAAACAGAACGAUGGGAUAAGUAUGCAAAGACGCUAAAGGUGCUACUGGACCUGUUCUCGAAGACUGGAGAUGCAACCAAGUGUGCUGAACAGCUACAGAAGUACAUCGAGUUUCGUCGGCGAAAGGGUUCGAGGAAAGAUAUCGCAGAUGCACUACUUCUGCUUCUUCCCGAUUCACCAUAUUAUCUUAUACUAUCCACGCUACCUCCGCCCGAUCCAACUGCUCCGACGGCAACAACGACAUUCGCGACUCAAUCAGCCGUACACAACACUUUACCAACGCUUGAAGAGAUUGUGACACUCACCGAGGCAGAAGAGGCAAAUGUAAUAACACGCGAAGUAGAAAAGCGGCGGACUCGAUUAGAUGCAGCUAGUGCCGGCCCAGAGGCUCUCAAGAAACAAGUUGGUCUAAGCGUAUGGACAACAUCGAAGCUCCCAGAGCUCUACAAUGAGAUCCUAAAUCACCCAAAUACCUCUGAUGACCUGCGACGUGAGACUGAAGCCAAACUCUUGCGGUACAAACACAGGCAUCGCUGUGCACUUGGUUUGAACGGGCCCGAAGGGAAGCUUAAGGCCGAACUAGGAAGUGAAGUUCAGGAAAUGGUCGACGGCAUAGUGCUUCUGAAUAUUCCAGACGAGUUUGCAUGGUCACUGUAUGUUGAAGGGAAGAAUGUCGAUAAGAUCGAGGACUAUGGGCUUGACAUUCUUCGGAAGUAUAUGGGUCUGUUUCCGGAUUCCCUCCUAACGCGGGCUAUUCGUGGCUAUUUCCUUUAUAACAAUAUCCCACUCCACGACGAAGAGGAGGAAGGGGAAGAAGAGAAGGACGAACCGGACGACAGUGACAGUGAUCCGUUCGACCAUGUCCUGGAAGCAACUGCUGGUUUGCCUGAUUCGAUCCUCGCGCAUCGAAUGCUAUGCGACAUAUAUGUAAUUGAAGAAGACUAUCAAAAUACCAUAGCUGCUUCAGAGAAGGGGCUUCAACUCAUCGCACGACAUAGGAUAGAUACCGGAACCGAUCUCACCCAAGUACGGAAAGCAUUUAAUGCAUCACUUGCAACAGGCCUCGUUCAUCUUUUCCCACCUAAACACCACGCCCGAGCUAUCCGUGUCCUCGAUGACGUGCUUUCGUUCGAGCCGAAUAACGUGACGUGUUUGAUGGGUCGGGCAUACGUAUUUCAGGCUUCUCGCAGGUGGGACGACGCUGCAGAACUAUUUCUUAAUGUUGUGAAUCAACUUCCAGACGAUGUGGAGGUCGGCCUCGUAGCAAAAGAGGAGCACGCAUGGUGCCUAGUGGAGAGGGCAGAACCUGCCCUCGAUGUAGCAGUUGAAGAACUUCAGUUCGUUCUCAACAGAAUCGAACCUUUGGAUGGCUAUGAACAACGGAAGGCAAGAGUUUGGUGGCGACUUGGCCAAUGUUAUUGGCGCCUUGGAGCCAACAACAGAGAGAAUGCAUAUCGGCAUUUCAUCACCUCACUCAAACGCUCCUCUUCCUUUGCUCCUGCUUUCACGUCUUUGGGAUUUUACUACUUGGAAGGCGCGGAACCUCCAGAUCCUGCUCGUGCAGCCAAAUGUUUUCAAAAAGCAUUCGAACUUGACGCACGAGAAGUGGAUGCCGCCCAGAGACUUGCGCACAGUUUUGCCGAGGAUAGAGAAUGGGAUCUCGUGGAAGUUGUUGCACGGAGGACUAUUGAGGGUGAGGGCGGGCUUGGAGGUGGACUGGGCGAUGCGGAAGCUACCAGCAUUGCCAAACACAAACCCACGAAUGCCUGGGCAUGGAAGGCACUUGGAGUAGUCGAACUGAAUAGGAGAAACUAUCCUCCGGCAAUGCAAGCAUUUCAAGUUGCUCUUAGAUCAAACGAGAACGACGGUUUAUCAUGGCUCCGCCUGGGCGAAGCAUAUAUGAAGGCUGGACGACAUGCUGCAGCCGUGAAGGCCUUGAAUAAGGCACACGAGCUUAUACCGGAGGACUGGAUGUGCGUGUAUCUACUCGGCGAGGUCCGACGGCAGACAGGACAACUUCUGCAAGCUAUUGAAACGUUCAUGCAAGUCUUGGAAAAGGUUCCUGAUGAGACGACCGUGCAGCUUUCGUUGGCCGAGACCUAUGUCUCUCAAGGUCGGACGGAACUCUCAACAGGUUAUCUAGCAAGAGCAUCGACAUCUUUCCUUCUUGCUAUCAUGACCUCGCUGGAUUUAAUUGACUCAAGCCCUGGAUUUAGGCGUCUAGCCCUCAAGACAAUUGCCGAUGCUCUGCUCAAAUUAUCAGAGUUCUCUGUAUUCGCAGAUUUAGAACUCGCCAAGAGUGUGUUCGCUCGAUUAGCAGUGUUGCACAAGGGCCAAAGUGACGAGAGGUUAGCUGGCAUCAUCGACUAUCCACUUGUGUCGCAAUCUGCACCUAUCGAUGGAACCCUUUCUCUCCGCCUCGCUGUGACUACAUAUAGCCUCCGCUUAUCGUUGUUUUCAAAGGAUGAGGAAAGCAUUGGGAGUGCUUGGUUCGACUUGGGAGUUGGCGUGUCUCGUAUAGCAGCGUCGACUCGCACUACCAAUGUAAAAGAGAAAGCUGAGAAGCAAGCUACUGAGUUCGUACGUCUUGCCCUUCUUGCCGAUUCUGGUAAUCCGACGUUUUGGAAUGCCUUCGGGGAUUUCAAUUUCUUGUCAAAGCCGAUGGUUGCGCAGCACGCUUACAUCAAGGCUCUGGAAAUCAAUUCGAAGGAUGUAGCCACCUGGACUAGCCUCGGUCUUCUGUAUCUUCACAACGCCGACCUCGAACUUGCAAAUGACGUAUUGCUGAAGGCACAGACCCUUGAUCCUGACUAUACUCUGGCGUGGGUUGGCCAAGGACUUGUGGCUUCUGCGAACGGACAUGACGGUGACGCGAAUGCAUUAUUCGAGCACGCAGUCGGACUUACUGCAGAUUCGCCUGCUGCAGAUAUUGAGUACGCGUAUCGGUCAUUCCGAAAACUCCCAAUGUUGGCGUCUCGAUCAAAUGCCUCAACACAAGACGCGUUACUACCCCUGUUCUUUUCUCUGGACCGCUACAGCAGGCGAAAAGCAGAUGACCCAUCUGCGCUUCACCUCUUCGGACUUGUGUGCGAACGACUGCAUCUGGAUGACCUUGGCGUGAAGGUUUUGUCAAAAGCUAUCAAACAGCUCGAAGCAAUCUACGAGGAGACGGAAGAUUCGGUCAUCGAACGUCAAUAUGCAAUCGCUAACACGAGCCUUGCGAGAGUGCUUCUGGCGACAGGCAAACUCGAAGCAGCAAUUGAAACAUUCGAAACGGCAUUCGGGCUCCUUCCCACAGACGAUCCUAGUAAAGAAGUGAUUGCUCUCCGUUCUUUGUGUCAAUUCGGGAGUGGUAUUGCAAGCUUCCACCUGGGAGAAUUCGAUGAAGCAUUGGUCAAGUUUGAAACCGCGCAGGAAAUAGCAAGCGCGAAUCCUCUCAUUCGUGGGCAGGUGACUGUGCUACUUGCAAAGGCACUGUGGGCUAUUGGUUCCGACGCGUUCCGAGAUUCAGCGAAGGAGCAGCUGUUUAAUUGUGUCAAUCAGGAUCCGAAUAACUUGACAGCUGUCGUCGCUCUUGCUGCUAUGGGCUUGCUCACGGGUGACGAAGCACUCAUAGAUGCUGCUUUGUCGGAGAUAUUGUCUCUUCCUCUUGACGAGCGACACAGGCGAGAUCCGGGAAGAGACAUCGAGAAUCUGUUGACAAACCAUUAUCUAGCAGAAGGAAAUAUUCAAAAGGCUCAGUCUGUAGUACAAGGAACAGUACACGCAGAACCGUCGCAUCUCGGAUCCAGAAAAGAGCUAGCAAUUUUCUCGAUAUCCCAGGGUCGAUCAGGGAUCGCACAGGCUUUACUCACCAGCUUGCUGAACUCGUCGGAUUUAUACAAUGUAGAAGGAGCUCACGAGGCAGUGCGACUUCUAGCGAUUUCUUCAAUAAUCUCCGGAAUCAAGUCUCCGGCGAAGGCAGAGUCACAGAAAGUUGCACAGAAGGCGAUUAUGCUUGCACCUUGGGACGCUAAGAAUUGGUUAUCACUUGCAUAUGUAAAGAACGCAGCUGCGAAAUGAAAUAUGUACUUGUAAUUUCCGCUCUGGACAGAAUUUACGUAGUUCCC